UAAAACGCUGUUAGGAUUUAGUGAACCUGUUGAAUAUGGCUCGUCCGUAGGCGUACAUUUUAGGAAAUUGCUGUACAAAAUUGUAUUGUACAAAUCCGGUUUGUGGUAAAGUUUUUUUUUCUGGAAAGAAUUUGACUGCAAAUCCGGAUUGUGGUAAAUAUUUUUCUGGGGGGAAUUUGACUGGCUGUCAUUUUCUGGCAGGUGUAUCAGAAGUAUAUAUAUAUCUAUAUAUAUUUUCAUAGGGCGACAAUCAAAAUCAUCAUUCUGGAAUCGUUUUUAUACUUUACAGACAAGGUUACACUGUGGACUUGCCAGAAUACCUCAGAAUGGCUUCACUUAAAAGUGGUGACUUUGAGGAAGUAGAAAAAGAGGUGUUUGAGAAGCUGAAAAAAGAUGAUAAUGUCGACUAUGUGGCACUUGAAAAUGAUCCAGAGGAGAUGAAAAUUGCGUUGACCAAAAUGAAAGAAAUUUACGAUGAAUCUAUGUACAUGUUGAGCCAUGCCAACUCCCUUGACGAAGCACUUGGGCAUCUGUCACCAGAAAGACAAGAAUUGAUCAAAACAUCUUUCCGCCUUCAGAGCUUUAAUGUAGAUAUUCAGAAACAAACGGACGGAACAAUAAGUUUGCUGUUUGCUUCCCUUGAAGGAACCCCGUUGAAGUUUGUACCAUCAGUCGUUCAGAUAGACGCCAGCAACUACAAGAAGUACCGUUCGAUACUAGUCGCAAGGAUCAUUUUUGAGGCUGUUGUUCUGGUGCUUAAUCUCAUAGGCCUGAAGGUGUCUCCAUCGCAGAAAGUUUUAGCUGAAGCUAUCGAUGUGAUUACUACAAUCAUGUCUGCACAUAGCGAAUUACUAGGUGAUGUAGAUGAUAUGAUUAAAGCUGAAGCAGCAAAAGACUACCCAGCUAUUGGCAGAGCUGUAGUGAGAUGCUUGAUUAAUCUCAUCUCAUUCAUAACAUCUCCGAUACUUGGUCUUGUCAAAAUCAUCAUCCAGGACAUGUCUUGGUGGGAUAUUAUCAUAUCCAUUGUUCAGGUUGCGUGCUUCAUCAUAACCAUAAUAGCAACUGGCGGGGCUGCUCUGGUUGCGAAGAUAAUUUCAAUGAUACUUGAUGCUGCAGCGUUUUUGAAGAAGCUGGUAGAAGUGAAGGAGUUUGAUGCUCAUUGUAUCGGUUUCUCCGCCUGAUUGUCAAAGUGACGAGAUAAGAAAAAUCUGACGUUGAACUAGUUUACUGACGCUGGCUUAAGUAUAUCAAUAUAAAUAUACAGAUUCAUUUUCAUUGCUGCGUUCGUAUUCAUCGAUACUUUAAGUGUGCUUUUAAGACUUUGCUUUUAUAUGGAUAAAUUUCAAUUUUAACUAAACAAGAAUAGAAUAUAAUGAAAUUUGUCUUAAAUGUGUAUUUUGUAGCUACAAACAUUAAAGUAAAACCUCAUCAGUGUACAUAUCCUAUAAAAUUGACUUUGCAUUGUGAAACAGCAUACUAUAUGUUGUAAACAAAUAUAUACAGUACGUUAAAAUACAUUAUCAUAUCUCUGGUCAUUCUAUGACCGUUUGAUACAUUACAUAUUUGUUGGAUUGCUCAAUGUAUAAACAUAAAUAUCAUAUGUUAACCAAGUUCUGGAGUUCUGGUGACUUGAAUAUUCGUCGUUCUUGCAUUUAAGUCUUAGAAUUUAUACUGAUGUCAGAUGUGCUGCUUUUUCAUUUACAUGUAUCUACAUAUCUGCGUUGCUUUGUAUUUCAAUAAAAUUAUAAUAAAUGUA